UAUCUAUAGAUAAUUUUAGCGGGUGUAAUCACGUUAGAACAAAACCAAAUGUCUGUGAUAAGAUUUCAUAAACGUCAAACGAUAAUAAAUCUUAAUCGACAAUUAUUGUGCUGAACAUUUACAAUGAAAUUAUUUACGUAAGGAUUACUGCAUUAUAUAGUGUUCGUGUUUACGGUAGAAGUAGAAGUCACUGAUUCGCUGUAUAGUCGCUGUUUAGUCGUUCGGUGUUCACCAGUUCACCACUCACUUGCGACACGGGCUCGUCGGCAGACACACGUUCUCUCCUCAGUCCUCUGUAAUAGUCGUAUGCUCUUACGUCGGUUUUAUUGUUGCACACAUCGUCGCCCGUUAUUAUUAUUUGAUCGUACACUCAGACGCCUAGACGGUCGAGAGCCACUUGCGUUUUAAGAUUUUAACCGCUUUCGGUGUUUCAUACACUAUAUUAUUGUCGUUUACGGCCGAAUCAAACCGCUCACCAGGAUGGCUGCCGGCAAAGUAUUGGUGUACGGAGGAAAAGGAGCGUUGGGAUCGACGUGCAUAUCACUCCUCUCGUCUCAAAAAUAUUGGGUUGGAUCAAUAGACCUAACAAAAAAUGAAAAUGCGAAUGCUAAUGUGAUUGUUGAACGAGAUGCUACAAUAUUAGAACAAGAAUCUCAAAUUUUGAAGGAGCUUAAUUCCGUUUUAGGAUCAGAAAAAUUAGAUGCUGUAAUAUGUGUUGCUGGUGGUUGGGCUGGUGGCAGUUCAAGCUCUAAUGAUUUUGUGAAAAAUACUGAUUUGAUGUUAAAACAAAGUGUUUGGAGCUCAGUAUUAGCAUCAUCUAUUGCAUCAAAGUUCUUAAAACCUGGAGGUAUUUUAGUAUUGACUGGAGCUAAAGCUGCUCUAGAUCCCACACCAGGAAUGAUUGGUUAUGGUUUAGCUAAAGCAGCCAUACAUCAUUUAACAAAAUCAUUGGCUGAUGAAAAUGGUGGUUUACCAAAAGGAGCUCAGGCACUUUCAAUAUUGCCUGUCACCCUUGAUACACCUAUGAAUCGCAAAUGGAUGCCUAAAGCUGACACUUCAACUUGGACUCCAUUAGAAUUUGUUGCUGAAUUAUUUUCUAAAUGGAUUAAAAAUGAAGAAAGACCGCCAAAUGGUUCACUUGUUCAGUUAAAUACAAAGGAGAAUAAAACAACUUUAGACAUUGAAUAAUUCUUAAAAUAUCAAAAAAAUCAUUUCAAAUCUUCAAUUUUCUGUCUGUUAAAUUGUACUUAAUAUUAUAGAUAUAUAAUAAUAUAUUUAAAAAAAAUAUAU